AGUGCAAGGCCAGAAAAAAAACUAAAAUAAUGUCCACUGAACACAAAUCAAGACAUCGUCAGGGGUCAAGUGUCUUUAAUUUUCUAUUACAAUAAAAAGUUUUGUAAUUUUUGAGUCAUCCCUCAUUUAUAUUUCAGGAUUUCUAGUUAAAAAAUAGCUCUUCUCAUUUAAAAUAUGGUCGCCUUAAAAAAAUCUAAUUUCUAAAGAGUCCCGUAGAUUUUACAGUAGACAUGCAAAUAAUGAACGUAGGUACGGGAUGUUGGUAUAUUGUUUUUAUUACAUUUUUGUUAUUGGAUGGAUAGAUUUAGAUUUAUUUCAAACAUGUAACUGUAGGUGUGUGUGUGUGUGUGUGUACAAACAUUGUGGACUUCUAUGAGAAAUAAUCAGCAGUUCUACAUUCCAAAAGCUCUCUUGUUCCUUCAGAAGGAACGAUUUCUUUUCCUUGUGUUGUUAUAAAUGGUCGAUCCGUUCCUAUUGUCAUAUCUCAGGGUCUGUACUGUAUCUCGGUGAACUGUAUGGAUAAUGCGGAGGCCCAGUUUACCACAGCCUUGCGGGUGAGUACGUGAUGAAUGAAUCUCUCCUCAGAUGAUGUCAGUAGUUUGUUCUUCCCUCCGGUUCACUCGCCUUGCUUCUUCUCUCUUCCUCUACUCUGCGGUAGCCGCUCUCUCCUCUUAUGUCAAAGAUGUCGUUGUGUUUCAGCUCACCACACACCAGGAACUGUGGACAUACAUCGUAACCAACUUGGCCAGUGUCUACAUAAGGGAGGGGAACCGACACCAGGAGUUGUACAGCCUCCUAGAGAGAAUAAACCCAGACCAUAACUUCCCAGUAGGCUCUCACUGCCUCCGUGCUGCAGCCUUCUACAUCAGAGGACUCCUGUCCUUCUUUCAAGGACGCUACAACGAGGCCAAACGCUUCCUGAGGGAAACCCUGAAGAUGUCUAAUGCUGAGGAUCUGAACAGACUGACUGCCUGCUCCCUGGUUCUGCUGGGACACAUCUUCUACGUGCUGGGCAACCAUAGAGAAAGCAACAACAUGGUGGUACCUGCCAUGCAGCUGGCCAGCAAGAUCCCCGACAUGUCUGUUCAGCUCUGGUCUUCGGCACUGUUGAAAGACUUGAACAAGGCCCUCGGGAACACCAUGGAUGCCCAUGAAGCGGCCCAGAUGCACCAGAACUUCUCCCAGCAGCUGCUGCAGGACCACAUCGCCGCCUGCAGCCUCCCCGAGCAUAACCUCAUCAGUUGGACCGAUGGCCCUCCUCCUGUCCAGAUCCAAGCCCAGAACGGCCCGACCACCAGCCUUGCAAGCCUGCUAUGAGAAAACCCGUCGGUCUCGCCCCCGCGGCGGAAGCUGGUAUAUUAUCACGAGCGACAGACGCCUAACAAACUGCUAUCGGACCGCUGUAGCUGAGAUUUGAGAGGAUUUUAACAGGUCACAGAGUUCAGGCCUUCACUUUAUUAGUUUCUCAAGAUUGCUUCCUGAUUGUCUAUCACUUCUUUAAUUGUUGUAAAGCAAUUACAACUACUGUCGUGCAUGUAUUUCACACUUUCUGAUGGCAUGGAUGCAGGGCAGGGUCUUGACUCUGGAUGAGAGUAGAGAAGGACACAUAGCGACGUAUAAAUGGGCUUCUUUGCCUCGGAUAAAGCGAACCGUUCUCUACGGUCGCCAGGCUUCUCUUCCAUUUGUUGGAGAAAAAAAGGAGGGGCUAGAUAAAGGGGAGGGCAGUAAAGAAAUGUAGAAGAAAUUAAUUUAUUCAUGUCGAUAUUUUUGUAUGUUGGUAAAUAUUUUACAUCUUGCCUUUUUUGUAUGGAUCCUGUUUUUUGUUUUUUGUUUUUUUUGUCAUGCAUGGAGGUUACUGAUGAGGACUCCCUGUACAAUAGUUUGGGGUUGGUAACAAUAAGUUCUUGGUCGAUCAUUUUUUUGCACAAAAUCCAUAUUCGAAAGAAUAGAGUCAUCUUGUAAUAUAUUUUCACACAUUAAUCAGUUGAAAAAUGUCACGAUACAAAUUGGCAGCGAACAUUGUAUUGGGUGAGUUCGCCUGUGGACCGAAAUACUUCUCUGUUGGGUCUGUUGGAGAGCGGUGUUUAAAUACUUGUGAGUUUUAUAUCAUUUGGUGGCUGCCAGGUUUGCCACGUACCCUUUUAGAAGCAACACAACUGAUGUAUUUUUCCAUAAUAUACGAAUUCCCUGCCGAUGUAUUCAUUUUUACAAAUCAGUUUUGGAGCUUACGGUAAUCUUCAGAUAUUCAAAAAAGCAAAUUUAUUUUAUUUUGUUAUAUUUUCAUUUGUCUCGAUAGUUCUACUAAAAGGUUUCUUUACAGUAUGUUUGUAUAGAUUUGCCACUCGUUGAACCUUUAUUGUACAGUGACAUUUUAUAAAGGCGAUUUAGUAAAGUGUGAAAUGUAUUUUUAGCUAUCCUGUGUAGAAAUCUCAAUGCUUGGUAUUUAAGGCACUCUGUAAGGACACAGUUUAAGCUUGAGUACUAGCCAUAUUCUAUCCAAUGCCUAUGUUUUUAAUGCUUACAUUGUUUUCAAUAAUUUUCCAAUAAAAAUAUGAUUGAAAAAAUUGUAGUUUACUGAUUUAAAUAUCGAGGUUGUUGACGUUUUUUAAGCAAAUCCAUUGUACAGCAAUACAGUGUUAGUGGCGAUCAUAUGUUUUAAGUUACCUGUAGGUGGUGCUAGAGUUUUUUAAUGCGUUAACAUGGAUGCAGUUGUACUGUUAACAUCCUUUCUUCUAGACAAAGUAUACACAAAUCUUAAUUUUAGGGCAAAAUGCUGAAGUGUGUGUAUUUCACUUUAUGUAUUUUAGCUACGAACACAACCUGGUAUUCCUAGGAGAAACAUUUGCAUGCUACGUAAACACUACGUCCCUAGAAGGUACCACAUCACUUCCCUGCCUCAAACCCCGACCUCCACCAGCCAGGUGGUACACUGCAAUUCAGAGGUGAUUAUUAGCGAGGCAGUCUGAGCAGAUCUGCAAUUAGCCAGGAAACACUGUGGG